AUGGCUGACCAGCUGACGGAGGGGCAGAUCGCGGAGUUCAAAGAAGCCUUCUCGCUCUUUGACAAGGAUGGGGACGGGACCAUCACCACCAGCGAGCUGGGGACCGUCAUGCGGUCGCUGGGGCAGAACCCCACCGAGGCCGAGCUGCAAGACAUGAUUGGCGAGCUGGACGCUGACGGCAGCGGCACAGUGGACUUCCCUGAAUUCCUGUCCAUGAUGGCGAGGAAGAUGAGGGACACGGACAGCGAGGAGGAGAUCCGGGAAGCCUUCCGAGUGUUCGACAGGGACAAGAACGGCUACAUCAGUGCGGCGGAGCUCCGGCAUGUCAUGACCAACCUCGGCGAGAAGCUGACGGACGAGGAGGUGGACGAGAUGAUCAGGGAGGCUGACAGCAACAGCGAUGGGCAAGUCAACUACGAGGAGUUUUGUGAACCGUGAAUUGCGCUCUCUCUCUCCAAGCCAUUGUUUCAUCCCUGGGCAAGGGAGUCACAGGAGACUUCCCCACAGCUGACCAAGGAGCAGAUCACAGAGUUUGAAGAAGGCUUCUCACUCUUUGACAAGGAUUGGGAAGGGACCAUCACCGCCGGUGAGCUGGGCAUCAUGCUGUCACUGGGGCAGAACUCCACUGAGGCCAAGCUGCAAGACAUGAUCGGCGAGUUGGACAUCGAUGGCAGUGGCACAAUUGACUUCCCCGAAUUCCUGUCCAUGAUGGUGAGGAAAAUGAGGGACAUGGACAGUGAGGAGGAGAUCCGGGAAGCCUUCCGUGUGUUUAACGAGGACAGAAAUGGCUACAUCAGUGUGGCGGAGCUCUGGCAAAUCAUAACCAACCUCGGUGAGAAGCUGACGGACAAGGAGGUGGAUGAGAUGAUCAAGGAGGCCAAUGCAGAUCGUGACGGGCGUGUCAACUACGAGGUGUUUGUGAGGAUGAUGGCCUCAAUGUGA